CUCGCAGCCCAGUUCCGGAACCCGCGGGCCCCGCCGCGCCUGCGCCUCCGCACGUGGGUAGCUGCGCCGCGCGCUCUUCCUCCGAGGGGCCGGGGCGGCUGGUGUGCAGCCAGCUCCGCUUCGACCCCCGACCCCUGUCCCCGGCCCGGCAUGAACCGCUACCUGCUGCCGCUGUCGGCGCUGGGCACACUAGCAGGCGCCGCCGUGCUGCUCAGGGACUAUGUCACCGGUGGGGCUUGUCCCAGCAAGGCCACCAUCCCUGGGAAGACGGUCAUCGUGACGGGCGCCAACACAGGCAUCGGGAAGCAGACCGCCUUGGAAUUGGCCAAGAGAGGAGGCAACAUCAUCCUGGCCUGCCGAGACAUGGAGAAGUGUGAGGCGGCGGCAAAGGACAUCCGCGGGGAGACUCUCAAUCACCACGUCAAUGCCCGGCACCUGGACUUGGCUUCCCUCAAGUCCAUCCGAGAGUUUGCAGCGAAGAUCAUUGAAGAGGAGGAGCGAGUGGACAUUCUAAUCAACAAUGCGGGCGUGAUGCGGUGCCCCCACUGGACCACCGAGGACGGCUUCGAGAUGCAGUUUGGCGUUAACCACCUGGGUCACUUUCUCUUGACGAACUUGCUGCUGGACAAGCUGAAAGCCUCAGCCCCUUCACGGAUCAUCAACCUGUCGUCCUUGGCCCACGUGGCUGGGCACAUAGACUUUGAUGACUUGAACUGGCAGACGAGGAAGUAUAACACCAAAGCCGCCUACUGCCAGAGCAAGCUGGCCAUCCUCCUCUUCACCAAGGAGCUGAGCCGGCGGCUGCAAGGCUCUGGUGUGACUGUCAACGCCCUGCACCCCGGCGUGGCCAGGACAGAGCUGGGCAGACACACGGGCAUCCAUGGCUCCACCUUCUCCAGCACCAUGCUCGGGCCCAUCAUCUGGCUGCUGGUCAAGAGCCCCGAGCUGGCCGCCCAGCCCAGCACAUACCUGGCUGUGGCAGAGGAACUGGCGGAUGUUUCCGGAAAGUACUUCGAUGGACUCAAACAGAAGGCCCCGGCCCCCGAGGCUGAGGAUGAGGUGGUGGCCCGGAGGCUUUGGGCUGAAAGCGCCCGCCUGGUGGGCUUAGAGGCUCCCUCUGUGAGGCAGCAGCCCCUUCCCAGAUAACCUCUGGAGCAGAUUUGAAAGCCAGGAUGGAGCCGCAAGACCGAGGGCCACUGUCUGCCAUGCCCGCAGCUUCCUGGCACCACCUGAGCCGGGAGACCCAAGACUGCCGGCCCCCAUGCCCGCAGCAUCCUCUAGGGGGCGGUGCUGGCACCACCUGAGCCCGGAGACCCAAGACUGCCGGCCCCCAUGCCCGCAGCAUCCUCUAGGGGGCGGUGUUGGCACCACCUGAGCUGGGAGACCCAGGACUGCCGGCCCCCAUGCCCGCGGCUUCCUCUAGGGGGCGGUGCUGGCCGCAGUGGACUGGCCUGCGGGUGACCACUGCCCUGGGCUCCGGCUGGUCCCAUGUGCUCUGCUGCCAGCAGGGGAGCGGGGCCAUCUGAUGCUUCCCCUGGGAAUCUAAACUGGCAAUGGCCGAGGAGGCACAGGCUCCGUGCACUUGUGGGCCAUGUCAGGAGAGCCAGCGGUGCCUGUGGGGGAGGGCUCCAAGGUGCUCUGCAAAGAGCAUGGGCAAGCUGUCUGACACUCGGAUUCUUGGGUACCCGUGGGACCUUGUGCAUGCAGGGGUCUUCUCUGAGCCUUGGUUUCUUCAGCGGUGAGGUGCUCAGAAUAACCGCUGUCUCCCGUGACGGUGUGGUGCGGCGAGCUGUUGUCUGGUCACUGUGGCUGUGCACAGCCCUUGCCAGGGGCGUUUGCUGAGGGCUUCCUGUGCCAGAGCCCGGCCAGAGAGCAGGUGCAGGUGUCAUCCCGAGUUCAGGCUCUGCACGGCAUGGAGUGGGACCCCCACCAGCUGCUGCUACAGGAUCUGGGAUUGCCUGGGGCUCCCACCUUCCUGUCAAUUCUCAUGGUAGUCCAAACUGCAGACUCUCAAACUUGCUCACUAAAAAAAAAAAUGUACUUGA